AUCCGGGUCAUCACGAUCGGCGUGCUGCUGCGCUGGUUCGUCGUCGAGCCGCGCUACAUCCCGUCCCAGUCCAUGGCGCCGACCUUCGCGCCGGGGGACCAGAUCGCGAUCGAGAAGAUCUCGACGCUCUACCGGCGGCCGGAGCGGGACGAGGUCGUGCUCUUCCGGCCGCCGGAGGCCGCGCCGCGCGACCCGCGGUCCGCGCGGAAGCCCGAGGUCUUCGUGAAGCGCGUCGUCGCGGGGCCCGGCGACGUCGUCGAGGUCCGCGACGGCGCCGUCUUCGUCAACGGCCUGCCCCUCGACGACUCGAACUUCGUCGGGGGCAACCGGCCCGCCUACGAGCUCGGGCCCCUGGCCGUGCCGCCGGGCCAGCUCUUCGUGCUCGGCGACAACCGGAACCGGUCCUUCGACUCCCACGUCUGGGGCUUCGUGCCCCGGGACAACAUCGUCGGCCACGUCAUCCUCCGCUACUGGCCCCUGGAGCGAUUCGGGCUCAUA